GUUAUUUGCAGUUUUUUUUUUUACGUAUUACGACCCUUUUGCAUGGGUUUUUUCUUUUGACCAUCUUUGUUUUACGUAAUUAUUAUUAAAUUUGUUAUUAUCUAUAAUUAUAAUAGAGCUCUGUAAUGAAAAGAGAAUUAUAGAAAGAAAAAAUUGAAGAAGAAGAAGAUGUCAGGAUUGAAUGACAUUCUUCCUCCAAUAAAUUCCAACUCCACCACCACCCCACCACCUUCCGAUACUACUUCUUCUUCAUCAUCACCACCACCGGAAUCCUCCACGUCAUCACCGCCGGCCACCACAUCCACCGGCGACACACAAACUCCACCACCUUCUUCACCUGCUACUCUCUCUCCCCCACCACCUGAAGUAGUAUCAUCAUCACCACCGCCGCCGUCAGCUCCCGAUUCUCCGCCACCUCAGCCGCCAUCGCCUCCAUCGAAUUCGGGUUCUCCUCCACCUUCGGGUUCGCCAACUCCAACACCGCCACCGCCGUCGUCGACACCUGUUUUAGACCCGCCACCAUCGGAUAAUAAUCCGACAGACUCACCUCCUCCGCCGCCUAAUCCUCCUUCUCCUCCUCCAAACCACUCAAAUAACCAACCACCAUCGCCGAUAUCGGAAACCCAAUCUCCUCCAUCACCGGAUUCGUCUACUCCACCGGGUUCUGAUCAAAUAUCUCCACCGCCACCGGCGGAAUCUGGAUCCCCACCUACCCCUGUUUCACCACCGGCCGACACCAAAGGCCCAACCUCAAGUAAUUCACCAAAUAAUGGAUUCACACCACCACAUUCUCCUCCAACUCCCAGUUUUUCAAAUAAUGAUGGUAACAAUGGCGGACCAAGCUUGUCUUCACCCACAUCUGGUUCGAAAACAGGGUCUUCUUCUUCUUCAUCAUCAUCAUCUUCUUCAGAAAACUCAAGAUCAUCAUCAUCAUCAUCAGAAUCGAAUGGAAAUCAUGGAGCUGUUAUAGGGGGUGCCGUAGCUGGAAUCAUCAUCAUUGGGUUAAUAGCGUUACUCUUCCUUAGCUCAAGGAGAAAAAGAAGAAGAAAAGAUCAGCUCUAUCCUAAUCAACAUUACAUGCCCAACGGUCCUCUCUCUGUAAAAUCAGAAGGGUAUUAUGGGAGUCAAGUACAACAACAACAACAACAAAGUAAUUUUGGCAACAAUCACUCUGGACCAGCAGACAGCUUCUAUGGCUCACAAGGUCCCAAUUCAUACAUUUCCAAUAGCCAUGGGAGUCAGAGAGGCAAUGCAGUAAGCUAUGGAGGAGGUGGCUUGGACAUAGGUGGUUCUAAUGCAUAUUUCAGCUAUGAAGAUUUAAUGGAGAUAACGAAUUCGUUUUCGCGUCAAAAUGUGCUCGGUGAAGGCGGGUUUGGGUGUGUUUACAAGGGUUGGUUACCAGAUGGGAGAAUUGUGGCUGUGAAAGAGCUCAAGGCUGGAAGUGGACAAGGUGAAAGAGAGUUCAAAGCAGAAGUUGAAAUCAUCAGCAGAGUUCAUCAUCGUCAUUUGGUGUCUUUAGUGGGAUAUUGCAUAGAUGAGCAUCAUAGAUUGCUUGUCUAUGAAUUUGUUCCUAAUCAAACUUUAGAGCAUCAUUUGCAUGCUGCUGGACUUCCGGUAUUGGAUUGGGCCAAAAGAUUGAGAAUUGCUUUGGGGGCUGCAAAGGGUUUGGCAUAUUUACAUGAAGAUUGCCAUCCAAAAAUUAUUCAUAGAGAUAUAAAGUCUGCAAACAUUUUGAUUGAUGAUGCUUUUGAGGCACAGGUUGCUGAUUUUGGCCUAGCCAAGCCAUCAAAUGACACUCACACCCAUGUAUCCACUAGAGUUAUGGGGACAUUUGGGUAUAUGGCACCAGAGUAUGCAUCAAGUGGAAAAUUAACAGAUAGAUCAGAUGUGUUCUCAUUUGGAGUGGUGCUUUUAGAGCUUAUUACAGGUCGUAAACCUGUUGACCCAACUCAACCCCUUGGGGAUGAGAGUUUGGUGGAAUGGGCUCGUCCACUGCUGAUUGAAGCCCUUCAAAGUGGUGACUUGAGUGAAUUAGUGGAUCCUAGGCUUGAAAGGCAUUAUGUUGAGAGUGAAAUGAUCAGAAUGGUUGAGGCAGCCGCUGCCUGUGUUCGCCAUUCUGCCCCAAAACGACCUCGUAUGGCCCAGGUGGCUAGAGCAUUGGAUUGCGAAGGAGAAAUGUCUGAUCUGUCUAAUGGAGUAAAGUAUGGACAAAGCACUAUAUACGAGUCAGGACAAUACAACCAAGACAUUAUGAGGUUUAGAAAAAUGGCACUUGGUGGUGGAGACAGUUCAGAAUAUGACACAUACAGUGGAGAGUUUAACUCUAAAGAAUUUUCUGGUCAACAAAAGUCAACAUGGAGAGAUGGGUCCAGUGGAGAGUCUGAAACUAGAGCCUUCACUGAACAAAGAUAUAGUGCUCCACCAACCAACUUUGGCAACCGUCAGUACUAAAUAGUUAUUCAAAUUUACCACAUUAUUUUUAAUGAUUUGAUUUAUAUCAUUUUGUCACUUUAAUCUUUUUUUUUUUGGGUACAUAACUCUUUUGAAGAAGUUUGGUUGCCCAUAAAAUAUUAUACAUGCAUACAUGCAUGAUGCAUAUUUGAGAGAAAGUAUUGCCACAUAUGGACUAAUCUGACCUAUUAAUUGUAAAGCUUUUUGUUUUU